CUUUUUUUUUUUUUUUUGGUUCUCCCUCACCUUCAUCCCUUAGAUGCAGACACUGAUCAAAGACAGACCACGAUGGCAUCUGCUAUUCAUGGCUUUCCUUUCGUCAGUUGCUCUACUCCUCACCUUGAACCAUCUGUCUAGCUUCGAUCCUUCACCACUUCCAUCCAUUGCACCUGGCCAAAACUUGAGCAUUCUACUGUCUAAUGCAGAAUUUGACUGCAACGCUUGCGAAAAACCAAAUGUGACAGAACCUAAGCUGGCUUGGGAAGCUUGUUUGGACAGAGGUUCUGCCCCUGAAUACUAUAUGUCGAUUGUCAUUGUAACUCGGAGUGACGACUACGCUGGUGACCAACGGCAUCGACUACAAAAUAUGAUUGAUAGCACUUACAUUUUGGCUAUGCGUACACGUACCCGCAUGGAGCUUUUGAUCGUUGAAUGGAAUCCGGCGAUAGGAAGACAGCGAAUCAAGGAUAUAUUUAGGUUCAGGAGAUCAGAGUACUUGGUGUAUAGAAUCAUCAGCGUCCCCAAGAAGAUCCAUGACACUCGUCCUAAUAUCGGUAACAUCCCAUUACACGACUAUGAGGGCAAAAACGUCGGAAUUAGAUUUGCCCGCGGGGAGUUUAUACUCUGUACAAAUCAAGACAACAUCUGGUCAUGGAAUAUGCAUAAUGCUGUGGCAUCAAAGUCAUUUGUGCCCAACAUGUUUUAUUCCCAGUAUCAGGACAGACACGAUAAUCAUGCCGACCAUUUACCCAAGACGCUUGUCCGCUUGCCAUCCUUCCCCAAUGAUGAAAAAGUUUUCAAUGCUUGUCCCAUCAAUGCUUUUGGCUACGGUCAGUUUGUUAUGCCUACACCCGAGCCUAUCACCAUGGACAACUUUUUCAAAAUAGGACAGCACGCUGGUGACUUUAUUCUUGGUCAUCGGGAUACAUGGCGGAUCCCGCGAGGAUUUCGUGAGGCAGGAGGAACGGCGUGGAUUGAUAUGGAGUUCCUCAUGACUGCGCAAUGGACAUUCGAUAUUCCCAUCACUUUUACCUACAAUACCCUCUCGUGUCAUCAAGAUCAUGCCAAUGUUUGGGAAAACAACCCCGGUGCUCAGAACGAUAACACCAAAGUGGAUCUAUCCAAAAUGCAAGCCAAAGAAGACAAGUACGUCAACGAACGAGGUGAAUGGGGCCUUUAUAACGUUAAUAUCUGGGAGAUGGGUCUUGAAUGUGCCGCAUUCCGAGGAGGCUCUGGUGUUUUGUGAUUGACAGAAUAGCGUAGCGUAACGUCCAGCCAUCCAAAUCACCCAUUUGUACAACACAACUUGCCAUCUUUCACUUUUCAUCUCCGAAGAUCUCCUCUCCAUGAGAGCGAGCGAACGCAUUUCACAAGCAAUUUUUUUUUAUGUGACUUAUUGGCUACCGCAUUUUUUCUUAACUCUGAAUACUAGAUCUAAUACUUGAAAAGAACAUUGCAUUUUUCACUCUAAUAAUAAAACAAAUGUAUCAAGGUAG